ACAAUAAUUGAGGAAGGGCUAGCAGAUAUGCCAGGACCAUCUGGAACUACUUGUGAAGUCAGGGAUGGCUGGUUAACUGUUUUGGACUCUUCAAAGGCCAUAUAUGAAUGUGCAAAGAAUGCUUUGGACAUGCAUGAAAUGGAGAGCCCAUUACGUCUCACAAUGGACAUCAGACAAAGUGUAGCUGAUCAGGACAUGGCCCUCAUCUCAUUCUACAAGAGACCCAAUGUUGAAUGGGCACGUCCCUUGGAGUGCAGGCUUGAGGCUUGAAGGGCAAUCCAAGCUGUCGGAUGAAGAGAGAAAACGUGUUCAGGAUCUGGCAUAUGCAUGGGACCUCCCCCCCUUGACAGAGAACAACAGGAGAUGGCUGUUUGAGAAAUUAUUACUCCAUUCUGUCAUUGGAAGAGUGACGAGGUCGAUAAAACAGCUGAGAAGGGGACUUAAAGAAACCCAUAUGUGGACCCUGCUGACCCAGCGACCUGACACGGUGCCCUUACUCUUUCCACAAGAGUUGGCUGCUGUGAAUCCUGAGGUCCUUCUUCAGUGGAUCGUGUGGCCAGAAGAUGAAGAUGAUGACUGUCCUCUUCAAAAUAAAUGCCGAAUCACAGGCUACAUGAGGCAUAUUAUUCUAAAUGCAACACCAAGUGAGCUGACAAAUGUCCUAAAAUUCUGGACUGGAUGGGAGAUUGUGCCAAAAAGUCUCACAGUGGAGCUAGUGGAUGGCAGACAUCCAACUGCUGCCACCUGCUAUGAGACCUCGCGCAUUCCAUACCACUACAAGGACUAUUUAACUUUUAAGGAAGACCUCAUUGCCUGCUCUGAAACCUGCCACUCAGGGUUUGGACUCAUUUGA